UUCGAAAACGAGCAAGCCCACAUUGAAUGCGACGCGUUUUUGUGUGGAGGGCAAGAGACUUUCAUUUCGCCGCACAUCUGACUUUGGAGGCCAUAACUUCACUUCUGUAGUUAAUGCUUUACACAUUUCUCUCUCAUUUUAUAUAUUUCUUUAUCUUAUUUCAUUUUAAUUGUGCUGUUUAAUGCGUAGACCCAAGAGGGAGGGUCAGCAUUUCUCUUCUCUUCUCUUUGAUAUAUAUAUAGAAGAACAUGUGGACAUAUAUAGACCUCUGUCGCCAAGCUUUCUAACCCAAGAUCCAAAGCAAAGAGCUGUACAGCAGUGACCAAAGGGUAGUGCCGAACAAACCGUUUCGACAAAGAAAGUUUUCUUCUUUUUCUUGGGAUUAGAUUAAAAAAAAAAGGAAGAGAUUUUAGGUGAUUAAAGGAGGGAAAAAAUGGUUAGGCCUCCCUGUUGUCACAAAGAAGGAGUAAAGAAAGGGCCAUGGACUCCUGAGGAAGACAUCAUUUUGGUCACUUACAUUCAAGAACAUGGUCCUGGUAACUGGAGAGCUGUUCCCGCCAAUACAGGAUUACUUAGAUGCAGCAAAAGCUGCAGGCUUAGAUGGACAAAUUACUUAAGGCCAGGGAUUAAAAGAGGCAAUUUCACGCAACACGAAGAGAAGAUGAUCAUCCAUCUCCAAGCCCUCCUAGGCAACAGAUGGGCUGCAAUCGCAUCCUAUCUUCCACAGAGAACAGACAACGACAUCAAGAACUAUUGGAACACCCAUUUGAAGAAGAAGCUCAACAAAACUCCUCGAGAAGUUGACCAAUCCGACGAUCAAUUCUCGACAUCUCCUUCCAUGUCAUCUUCCUCUGCUAAUUCCAAUUCAAACGUCUCGAGGGGCCAAUGGGAGAGACACCUUCAGACCGACAUCCACAUGGCCAAAAAAGCCCUCUUUGAGGCCUUGUCACCUUCCAUACCGAUCGCUGCUACCACGUCUUCCUCCUCCGAAUCCAAACAUUCUGCUUCAGUGAGCUCGUUUCUUGGAACGCAAGAAAGAUCGAACCCUUACGCCUCGAGCACUGAUAACAUAGCAAAGUUGCUCAAAGGAUGGGCGAAGAACUCGAUCAAGACUCAGGACUCUAAAAACCAACUUGCUUCGAACGAUUUCGACUCCAAAAUCGAGAUCAAGAAAGGAGUCGGGAUCGAGGGUGGAGGGGCAUUUCAAUCAUUUCCCGGGUUCGAAUCAUUCCGAUCUGCUGUUUCACCUGAUGAGGUCAAACCAAAACCAAAGCAAAGCCAGUGGUCUCUGUUCGAGAAGUGGCUGUUCGAGGAUUCUGGUGAUAUUCUGUUGGAUGAAAACCCUAAUUUCAUCUGAAUUUUUUGUUUAACCUCGUUCUAAUUUUAGGGUCCUUAAUUUUCCCCGGUUUUGAUCUCUGAAAUUAACUCUCCUAGAUCUUCUCGGGCUUAAUCAUUAUUGUUUUUGUUGGUUUUACCUCUGACGUAAAUUCGUAUUCCUUAUUUUAUUGCUGUUGUUUUCAUUUUGUAAUAAAAAAAAUAUAUAUGUUCUUUUUUUAA